AACGCUUUUCCAGUCCAACCAUUUUUGUGUUGGGCAAAACCCUAUAGCCAUAACCUGGAAGCUCGGGAUAGAGAUUUCCGGAUCCGGCUAAUAACCCCUGAGCAACAUGGGGAGCCCAGAGUUGCUUUUGGACUCAAGUAUCCGCCUGUGGGUUGUGCUGCCCAUUGUCUUCAUCACCUUCCUCACCGGCCUCCUGCGCCACCACAUCACCCGCCUGCUGCAGGGGGACAAGCGCCCCGAACUGGAGGCUCUGAGUGACAGCCAGGUGCUGAUCCGGAGUCGGAUCCUUAGGGAAAAUGGAAAAUAUAUCCCCCGACAGUCUUUUAUAAUGAGGAAGUUCUAUUUCAAUGAUAAAGAAACAGGCUUCUUCAAGAAAACCAAGAGGAAAGUAAUCCAGAAGAAUCCUAUGACAGAUCCCACUAUGAUGACUGAUAUGAUGAAAGGGAACCUCACAAAUGUUCUCCCCAUGAUUCUGAUUGGCGGCUGGAUAAACUGGGCUUUCUCUGGCUUCCUGACUACUAAGGUUCCGUUCCCGUUAACACUGAGAUUCAAACCCAUGUUACAGCGUGGCAUUGAUCUGGUAUCACUGGAUGCAUCGUGGGUCAGCUCUGCCUCCUGGUACUUCCUCAAUGUCUUUGGCCUGCGCAGCAUGUACACUUUGAUCUUGGGACAAGAUAAUGCCGCUGACCAAAGCCGUAUCAUGCAGGAUCAGAUGACAGGGGCUGCCCUAUCGGUGCCGCCAGACACUAACAAGGCUUUUAAGGCUGAGUGGGAAGCUAUGGAGAUCACGGAACACCACUGGGCGCUGGAUAGUAUUGAGGAAGAUCUGAUCGCUCAGGAUCUGGCAUUUGCCCGUGGGCAGUAGAGCCAAGAUACUCUCACACUCGUGCUUAAUAAAGAGUAUUUUUCCUACA